AAUACAUCACCUCGCAAUGACAAAAUGCAUAAAUAACAGAGUAGGAAGGGGGCAUUUAUUUGGCAGGCGUUUCGCUUGAUCACAAAUUAAUGUACUGAGAAUUGUUCUAUUUCUCUUUUUAUGCCAAGAGAAAAUAUGCUCAAGAUCACCGGACAAGAAUAAGUCGACCUACAAUUAGAAAUCGUCAUUCUUCGAGCACUGAACCGUCACAGUUCGCCAUGGACAGAAAAUCGGUGGCCGUUUUGAUUUUGAUAGUGGUUUUGACCCUGUCAGUGAUAUUAGCGAAGUCUUUCUCUUAUGAUUUUUUUGAUGAUCAAGCGAGGGACUAUUACGACACUUUAUAUCAAAGAGAGAUUCCCAGAGAACGAGUGAAGAGCCAGAGGUUAAAUGUUGUGGAUUUCAAGAUGCCCGGUAUUCACCCGGAAAAGGUAAGCUUACUUCUUACUUAACAGGAAAGAUUCUCUUGCCCACAUUUGUCGCCUUUAGUAAUUAUUUUUGCCGAUCGGUGUUUAUGGGCUUUUCUUUGGGCAUCGCUUAUACUUGUGCAGUAAAAUAAUUUUAGUUGAUCGUACAACUGCCCAAUUCACCAUUUUCUCUUUGAUUCUGAUCUAUCGACGGACCAACUGAAACCCUGUACGUAUAUUUCUUCCCGUGAACGACGAGUAAGGACCAGUAAGUUAUUCAAGAAGUUAUUUUUGUCAGCUGGCUUUCUAUGGGCAGCUGAUUAUAUUUUAUAAAUUCUACUUGGUCACAUUUGAAGGAAUAUUACUCAAGCGUUCUAAACACGUUUAUUUAAGUAAAUUUCUUCUAAUAACUUACAUGUGAAACCUUUGACGUUUGGAGCGAAAAAAAUCGUGAUAAAAUGCAUGGCGAUUGAGAAGACACUAGCCUGGUCGCAAUCGGUUAAGUGAAAAUUCAAAGUUGAAAAAAAUACUCUGUUUCUCCACAAAUUCCUUUGAAGGAAGAAGCAUUGUUUAAAUAAAAUAUUGUACUACAUGUACUGGUGAACGUCUUUGGUGAAGUAUUUCGUAGAUAUUUUAUAAUAGGAUCGUAUGCUUGAAAAAUUACUAAUUUCUUCUGUGAUGAAUAAACAUUUUCUUGCAGAAAUCAAAUAUUUUUUUCCAAAUAGCUGUACGGGAUCUCACCCUGAUGGAAUCCCCACUUGGGGAUUUUUUUGUGGGGAAGAAGAAAUUUUUACACUUGAUAUUGAUAAGUUAAGUGAAUGAAAAUGUUUGGUUUUGAAGAGACAAAUUUUCAAAAAUUGGAAUUAAAAUGCUCUGUUGACUUUCAAGACAAGACUGGCUUUAUGUAAAUAUAAUAAUUAUUACAAAUUUCGAAUCAACAAAUUAUUCGGUGAUUCAUUCAUGUACAUAAUUUGUAAGGUUGUCCAAAUACAUAUUUGUUUGUUCUACAAAUUUUCAGAGCUUACGCAAUUGGCCAUCUAUAUCAAUCUAGUUUCUAUAUCUGCAUUCAUAGAUUUAUUGUAAUUGUUGUGGUUCAAUUUUUUCCUUGGUUAAAUUUUCUUUUCUUUUGUUUUUGGGUAUUGUAAGUAUGUAUGAUAUUGAUUUUGAAACAAAAGAAAAGAAAAUUUAAACCAAGGAUAAAAUUGAACCACAACAUAAUCAUUAUCAUGGCAUUUUGGGAUUAGCACUGAUUUUUUGCAAGGUGUCUGUUUCAUUCAGGAAACCUAACUGCCUUGUGUUUAUUUGGAAAAUUUCACCCUGGUUACAUUGUUGGGUAACAAGAAUUCAUAUGCACGUAUCUUAUGUCUAAUGCAUUGAUCAAUUCAAACUUUCAACAUCUUACCUUCCCCAGGCAACCCCGGGCAUUUGAAUACCUAUUUUAAUUCCCGUUACAUUUAAUAGGCGAUUGUACUGGUCAAGGGCUUUACCAUAAGGUUGGAUAUGACUGAUAGUGCAGAUCAUGAAUCUGAAAAGUAUACUCAGACUAUUCAACCUUUUGAGUAUGUAAAAUCGCGAUAUUUCUUAUUUUACAAUAACUGAGCAAAUCCUCGCUCACUGAUUGGUCAAGAGCUAUUGUCUAUGAGAGUAUAGACCAUGGAAAUGACGUGACAUGUCACUCAGUGCUGGUUGUUUUGUUUUUAGUUUUUUGUAAAAAAACUAAAUGUUAUUGUGAAAAAACAAAUCAACCACAAUUUUCUGUGAUCUAGACUCUUAGAGACCAUAGAAAUGACGCUAUAAAAUGUUCAAAACUUUGCAGCGGAACCACUCGCCUGCGACUCGUGGUUCCACUUGGGUUUUGAACAUUUUAUGACGUCAUUUUUAUGGUCUAUAAGAGUGUUGACCACAGAAAAUUGUGGUCAAUUUGUGAAAUCAACCACAAUUUAUGCAAAGGCCAAAGGGGUGAUCGAGCUGUUAGGGGGGCUUGGGGGCAUGCUCCCCCAGAAAGUUUUGAAAUCUUGAAGCCCUGAAACGUCUUUUUCUAGUGUUUUGAGAGGACAAUUUCGGCCUCAAGUGUCCGCUAAUCGAUUGUUAGAUAAUAGCUUUUGAAGUCCUUGUCAAACAAGCCAUUUGCUUACAAAAGCUCGCUAUGAGAAAGAUACGACAUUGGCAGACACUGGGUCAUAUAAAUGUUGUAGUUAAUUUUUUAUCUGGGGUAAUUUUUAUUUGUCCUUUGUUUUUAGAUAGGGUAAUGUAUGCUAAUGAAGUUGAAACAAGGGAAAAAUAAAAAUUACCUGAGAUAAGAAAUUCACCACAACAUAUAUACAAAGAAGUUGAACUUGAUUGACACUUUCAGUUCAAAUUCUCCAACCCACCUAGUUAAAGGUCAAAUUCCCUACUCUUAGGAUGCCUCUCGCCUCAAACUUCCCACUACCCUGGCAAAAGGAAAAUCUCAGUUUUUCGGAGAAAUCAUGUGCCAGGCACCCUUGAUUUCACAGGUUAGAGCAGCGGGCUCCCUUUAAUUAUUUACUAAAGCGCAACCUUCUUGUUAGUUAACCACUAUAAUUCUUCCAGUUGGAAGUGCUGAGUCCCUUCAUAAGAAUAUAACUAAUUAAUAAUAAUUAUUUCAUUGUUUAUUAACCAUUAUUAAAUAAUUUUAUUACCUUGCAGCAUGAUUCAUACAUGUGUACAGCUCUUGAUCUCAGUGACCAGAAACACUAUAUAGGUAACUAAAGAUAGUUUCUGCUUGCUGAUAGGAAGUUUUCAUUUUCAACUCAUAAAUACCAAAGGGUUGGGGGGGGGGGGGGGGGGGGGGUUUAAAAACCCCCCCCUUCCCUUCCCCCCUUCCCCUCCCUCCCGACCUUUUUUUUCCCUUUUUUUCCCCCCCCCUCCCCUUUUUUUUUUUUUCCUUUUUUUUUUAAAAAUUAAAAAAUUUUAAACCCAAGGUUUAAUUUUAAAAUUGUGGGUGCGGGGGGGGGGGGGGGGGGGGGGCAGGGUGUUCACAACCUCCCGCUUCCCGUACCCCGUUCUCCUGCCUCACGUACCUUUUUGUCCCUUUGUCUCCCAACUCCUGCCCUUUAUUGUGUUUCUCCUUUUAUCAUGAAAAUUAGAAAGAUUAGAAGCCCAGGUUUAAUGUUAAAGCUGUGGGGUACUUUUGCCAAAGGUGGAAAUUGUUACAGGUCAGUUUCCUUUGUUAAACUGAGUUUUCACUAACCUGGUUAUCUAGGUUCGACCAUUGCCUCUGACAUCCCACUAAUAGUCUCAGUCCACUGUGCAGUAUAAUAGCUUUUGCAGUUAUUGCGAGCUCCCAGCUAGAAGGUCUUCCAUGGACAGAUUUUUCCCUACCACACCGAAAAAUACCAAGACUGAUCAAAAUGGUCUCUGACGACAUUUGACCUGACUCGCUUUGUCUUUCUUAUAAAGAAUUUCAACAGCUAGCGAGACAGAUGAGACACUGAGACCACUGAUACAGUUGACACAUGUGUACAUGUGUCAUGCCAUCUCAUUCAUGACCUAUGAUGUAAGCAACUUGUAAAGGUUUCCAAUUUCACUGGAAGUAAUGCUGUUUUUUUUUUAUCCUGAGUACGAAUUUUCGUUUUUUUAAUUAUCUCAUAUAUAAAAUUUUGCUUUAAGCCUCGGAGAAUGUUAAAUGGAAGUCAAGAAACAUUGUUGGGUUCGUUUCUUUGACUGGAUGAUAAGCAGUAACAGAUAACGAAAGCUUGCCUUUUUGAAUUUCUCUCCUGCUUCCCGCCCUUUCUUCUCCCGUCUCCCAUACACCUCCUGCACCCUGUUCUGCUGGGCUCCAGCCCCCUGUCCCCCUCCACUAAAGGGUUUUUCACCAAGUUAUCACUGUGGGCUGAGAAGUGCGAAUUAUUCACUCACUCAUUGUAGGCGACCUUUGGCUUGCUCCAAAGUUGCCUAUUGUCGUUGUUGCUGAAGUGUACUUUGGGUAUGCGUUUACUCUCACCAUGUCGUAAGAGAAUUCUGGGAAAAAGAUUGUCUUGCUCAUAUUCACUGUGGAAAUAUCAUCACUCUUUGUUGAUUGUAUCAGUUCUGCAGGUCGUGCAUUUACUGUAUUCACAUUGUUCACUUUGAGUAUCUUGAUCUUAAGCACUGCUGGGAAUAAAGCAUUAAAUUAAUUUCAAUUUUAAAAAUUUCUGAAAAGACUGAGCCUCACUUUGCAUUACGUGUCCAUUCUGAUUGAAAUAAGUCUUUCUUUAAUUUAAUGCUUUAUUCCCAGCUUCCCAUUUAAUGGAAAAAAUUAGCUGAUUUCUCUGAGCAAAGUAGCUGACAUGUUUUGUCGGUUGUCGGUGCUUCUUGAAACAUCUGGAAGACUAUUGAUGUCUUUAGCAACCACAAUUAAAAAGUUUCAGAUUUUCAGUUUUGUCAAUUUGAGCUCCUUUUGCUUGAAAUUUCCAAGCUGUCACUUCAACAUUUACUUCACAGAAAAUCUUUUGUUUACUGUAACAAGUUGUUCUCGACAAAUGGAAAUAAAAGUUUUGUAAUGUCCUUUGCAGUGGGAUUCAAGCCUUUUGCUGAAAUGCACACUGCUCAUCACAUGUUAAUGUUUGGAUGUCAAACCCCAGGAGAAAAUUUGUUUGCUAAGGAUAAAAAAUAUUGGUAUGUGCUUAAUACUUUAAUGAAAAUAUAUUGUUAGUGGUAUAUUAUUGACUGCCGUCAGUCCUCUAACCAAGAGAGUCAGGUAGGUUUUUUGUAUACAGGCUCUGUAUAAAUUAUAUGUCUGAUAUUAUUUUUUUUAAUUUUACAAAGUUUAAUAAGACUGGUAGCAUAAUAAUAAUAUUAUUACUAUAGUGGAAGUGGAACCUCAUGUGCAACCACCUCUUGUAAGCAAACCCUCCUACAGGGCUCGAAAUUAAAAAAAUCCUUAGGUCAACUUUUGGCGACCAACUGGAGAAAUAUAGUCGCAAGAUGCAAAUUUUUAGUCGCCAGUUUGCAUAACGUAAAUGAUGCAGCCUGAUAGUAUGGCACGAUCCAUCAGAUUUGCAAAUAUCAUGGAUAGAAGUCGGUAUAAAUUUGGAGGUAAACUGGCUUUGUUUAUGCGAUUUGGCACAUUUUUUAUGAUGAAAGCAAAGCAAGAUAAGAUGAAAUGUUCUUUUUAACUUUACUCUUUUAAUUUAAAUCUAAAUCAUAGAGAAAUCUGGUCGCCACUUUGGUGACUUAACCAGAAUUUUUAGUCGCCAAGGAGAAAAUGUUAGUCUCACUGGCGACCGUAUCAGUCGCAAUUUUGAGCCCUGUCCUAUAAUCAGCCACCUAUUCAAAACACUAAAAUUUCCCAAUCCCAGCCCUAUGGUUGAAACUUCUCCUAAACAACCUCCUCUGGUAAUAGCCCAUUUUACAGUUACAGGUGGCAACGAGGCUUGUUUUGAUACAAACAGGGACUGGAAAAAGUCUUGAAAUUUUGGAUCUAAAAAUCUGUUCAAACCGCUGCACAAACCUCUCUGCUUUGACAUGUAAAUCAUGUUGUUCUUAUGCUAACUAGUAUUUUUCAAAUGUAAUUUCCAUAAGAAAGGGAAGGAGGUAGUACCAAAACAAGGUCAACCACAGCCUGACAUUCAAUUAAAGCCUAGGAUACUAAGCCCACAACUGUAAAAUGGUCUUUCAGGGCUCGAAGCUAACUUUUUAGUGUACUUGCAAAGUUUUGCUGAUAAGAUAUUUUUUCACUAGCAAACUGGUGAGACCACUAGCAAAUUCUUUCACUUUGUAGGGAGAGAUAGAUCAUUCUUACUCUCAAACGUUUGCUAGUGGAUAUUUUUCUCACUCACAGAUUAUCAAAAUCACGCACAUUUUGUCAGUUUGCGAGCAUUGAUUUCAAACCCUGUCUUUUGCAACUGUGACCACUACUUGAGGUGACGGUUUAUAAUUUUCCAUUGUUUUUAAACUGCUCCUCUAAAUUUUAGGGAUGACAUGGAUCUUCACAUAUCGUAACUUAGAAAUAGCAUGCAAUAAUUAAUUCAGUUAAAAGAACUUAAUGUGUCUGACCCUCUUUUUAGACCAGUAAAUCUUCAUAUUACUGGGUGGCCAGACACUUAAUUAUGGGAGGUUCAACUUUGUAGUUACAUGUAAAUGAACGUUAAAUGGAAGCAAGGUUAAUACAGUAAAAUGCUGCGAAGAAGAACCUAGGAUUUAAGAACCUGCUGGCAGAAAUUUGUCAUUUUAAUAUGCCAACAUAUAAGAACAAGUUUAGCCAAGAAAAAUCAAUAGGUUCUUAUAUGUGGGGUUAGACUACAUUUUCAUAAACAUUUUGACCAUAAGUCUGGCUUUAAUAUGGGAAAUUUAUAUUACAUUAUAUAAUAAAUGUAUAAUGUAUAGAACCAUUGUAGAAAACUGCGUAUCUUCUAGCUGUUAACCUAGUUUUGUUAGAUUUUUGGUAUAUAAAUGCCUAUUAUGAAGGGCAAAAUACCAUUUAUAGCAAUUUCUUGUAAUCAACAACAGUAUCCUUCUUCAUAAAAAUUAAGAACCUAAUUAAGAACCUGUUUAGCCUAAACUUCCAAUAAAUACUCCAAACUAUAAGAAUCUAUUUUGCCAAACUUCAAAAAAUCUAGGUUCUUCUUCACGGCGUUUUACUGUAUCCAGCUAAUUGCUGCCAUAAGUCUCACCUUCCUUUGCACAUGUCUUUGGGGUACCCAUUAGGAUCUGUAGGGCUCAUUUACAGUACGCAAUAUUGCAUCUUUGUGGAUCACAGCCUGUUGAUUGCAAAUCUUUGCGGAUUCUUUUUACACCCUGCCACCUCUCCCCGCCCUCUAAAACCUGUUUCAUUUUCAGGGGUAACUGUGGAUGUAGGUAAGUGUUUCUUUUCUUUAGCACUGGGCGACGUUCAGUGUGACAGUGCAUGUUAGCAGCCAAUGGUGGGUGGUUCCUUCUUUAUGUGUGAUUACCAUGAAUACCUCCAUACUGUGCCUGGAUUAAAUAUGCUUGCUCCCUCUAGUUUCUAAGGCACCAGUUUCCAAAUUUCUUAGUUGACGAUGAGUUUAAAUACACAGUAAAAUCUUGCUAUUUUUGUACAGGAAUUGUGGAGAUAUGGGUUCAGGCGUUUGUGGUUCUGGAGAGAAAAUUGUGUAUGCCUGGGGAAGAAAUGCACCGGAAUUGAAACUUCCUAAUGGUAAGUACAGUACAUUAUUUUAGUGGCCCCUUCAAACAUCUUAGCAAAGCAACUUUUGGAUGAAUGCCUUAUAUGAAUGAAUAAUACAUGUAUUAUGCACAAGGUUCAUCCAAUCAAAAUGGAUACUUCUGCCCCUCCAUUAUUUUCAAACCUUUAUUAAACAGUCACUCUUGGGAUCAAAAGUGGCCAGCUAAUCUGAUCACUGAAUCCAGGUUUGACAGACCUAAGACUUAAUUAAGUAAUUGAAGACGGCAGGUCUAAAAUGGCCAGGUCACUUUUCCACAGGUCAGAGUACAGGUCACCAUGAUACAGAUUAAAAUGAUACAGGAUUAAAAGUGUCUCCUAGCCCUAAGCUUUUACAAAAUGCUUCAUUGGAACGAGGGGAAUCUGUGUGGUUUGGUAAUUUAUCGAUGGAGCAGUGACCUGUACUCUUGACCUGUGGAAUGUGACCUGUUUUAAAGCCAGCAAAUUGAAGAUGGUGAAAGCAAAAUAACCAAGUAUAAAAAAAGCAGAAAGACAAAUAAACACCAUGCAAAUUGUAUGAUAUAUGGUACAUCUUGACAUGCAAAGAAAUCAUUUAAUAGCUCAGGUAAAAACAAUAGAAAAUAACUCUUUAGGACCUCAGAAAGUAUUUAAAGGUGACUGCAUCCACUUAAUAAAAUGAACACUAAUAUAAUACAGGUAAGUUUGAUAUAGUAAUUUAAAAGGAACACCAUUUCUGGUAAAUAAUGGCUUAAAAGAGCUUGAAUACUUACUGGUAAUACAGGUUUGACUAUACUUCACUAAAAAAAAUCAUGGUCUUUCAGGGCUGUCAUUAAGAGCCGGGGGCCGGGGAUUUCCCCCACCUAUUACAAAUGUGGCCCCCGGCUACUUUCAUAGGUAAAUAGAAGAAAAGUAGAACCAAAAGAAAUCCCGGGCUGUUUGAUUCCUCACCUACCUGUUGUAUUUACCCGGCAACUUGAAAUCUCAGUGACAUCCCUGCCUUUUUUUUCAGAUGUUGCCUUUGAAGUUGGUCAUGGUACAGCUGCUCCUUAUCUUGUGCUGCAAGUUCAUUAUGGAAAAGUUGAUAAGUUUAAGGGUGAGUUAGUGAUAUAUCAUGCAUGCCUCAGAAGUUGUAUUUACUACAGGUACAUGUCUUUUUGAGAUAAAAUACUUAAGGCUGGUUAUUGAAAUAGAAUAUUACAUUCACUUUUAGAAUAAAUGGCAUUCUAAGGUCUUUUUUAAUUUUACCCAUUUUUAUUGCUUGCAGCUGAUCCCUAUCUGAAAGAUUACUCCGGUGUGGAUCUGGAAACAACAACUGUGGCGUAAGUACAAACUGUACUGCGUUUUACUGCUAUUAAACUAGUAAUAAUCAUUGCUUAUGGAUCGUCUCAUCUACAAGCAUGACAUCUGCAUGAAAAUGAGACUAAAGGAAACAAAAAUGCGUCCAAAGAAGUCCAGUUUCCUGCAGCCAAGAUGUUCCUGAUAAAAUGAAUAGGGGAAGCUAAUCGGCAGUUGCCCAUGAUAUCUCGAAAUUUCUACAUUUGUACCACAGGAACACCAGUUUAGGAUGCGUUCUGACGAACGCAACAACAGAAAUUAAAUAAUAUUCCAUAAACGAUAUUACAUUUACCAAUAAUAACAUUCACUAUUUACUAAAUGUCCUUAAAUGUUGAAUAGCCAUGAUAGAUUAUUGUUUUUACAACAAACAGUGCUUCAUUUAUCACCAAAAAUAAUGUCGUCUUAUGAAACUGUCACAAAAUGGGAUGCCAUGUUGUUUCUAGUUCCAAGAUAUUGAAUAGCCAAGGACUUUCCAAAUUACACAAGCCAAUCAAAAUGUCCAAAAAUUACUAUCCACUGAAUUGAUAUGAAAAAAAAGGGAUAUUCAGUCUUGCAGAUUUUUUUUCAAAUAGUUGUCAUCUGAGUGGUUUUCUUCUGCUAUUCUUAUCUUGCUGUGUUCUUCAGUAGCUUGCUUAUCUCCCACCGUUUUCUCAAGCUGUAGCAAAACAGCUGAAUUACCUGCCUUCUAAAUUUGGUCAGGGUAGCUGGUUUUUCCUCUCUUAACUGCUGUCAAUUAUAUGAAUGUCAUGGUGUCCAACAAGAAAGCUCUUGCUACUUUGGACAUUGUACACAAAUGAACUUAAUGUCUUUUAGUAAAUUAUUAUCUAAUAUUAAUAUCUUUUAUUAUAUAGACACGAGUGUUUUACAGGAAAAUAUACCACUCGUAAAAUUCAUAAAAACUACAUCCGGGACCCGAGUGGUUUAUUUUCCAUAAUCUCACACGUGAGAUUAUCGAUGACGUAAUUUCGGUCAUUUCCCUCUAUUAUUUUAUCGAUGUCUUUUUGUCUAUAUAAUAAAAAGAACAUUACAUGUCGGCUUGAAGACAUGAAUUUUAUUUUCUUGUGGCAAAAACAAUAUUUUAGUCACUCGCUGCACUCAUUCGUAAAAUGUUGUUUUGCCACUCGAAAAUAAAAGUCAUAUCUUUGCCCACUGUGUAAUA